AUGGCAUCAAGUGGCCGUUAUGGUGGUCACAUGGUGGUCAAGCUGCUCUUGGCCAACCUCUGGGUCUGUCUCUCGGUCUGGGACUGGGGCCUCUGUCAGGCCUAUGAUUUUGGCUACCAUCCCAGCGCCGAGGAGUUCGAUAGUCUGUGGCAUCGCGAGCUGCUCGCCAACGAUCGCCGGCGCAUGGAGCAGCGCUUUGUCCCGCGGUAUCAGCAUGCAGAGACCUCGAUCCGCUUCGAGCCACCAGAGCUGGAUUUCCAGUUGUUUAGCCAGGAGGAGGAUGCGGAUCAGCAGCAGCCAUAUGUGUUCGAGUCCGUGGAAGAGGCACCCACCAAUACGCAACCCGCGCCCGAUCUGAUGCAUGUGCAGAGUCAGCUGCUGGAGAUUAAGGAUCCCACGCCUCAGCGGCCAUUCGUCAAUCACCAUCGUCCAGCGAAUGGCUCCUCCGCCCAAGCCAGUUUCCCCAUCUUCUUUACCAACCCUGCCACAGGCAUUGUCUAUGCCAUCAGCCAAGUGGGAGAGGGUGCCCAAGGUGUCCAGGGAUCUCAACCCCGCAAUGACAGCGGCGGCGCCAUAGCCAUCUAUGUGACCAAGGCACAGUAUGAUGCGGAUAUCCAGGCAUUGCGGCAACACUACGAGGAGCAGUGCCAGCAGCAGCAGCAGCAGCAGCAGCAAACCAUUCCCCCGGGCACCGUGCUCUCCACGCCGAACCUGAAGCCGAGCCCCCAACAAGGAGGAGUGACUGCUCGGCCACAGAUCAUACGGCUGCAGAAGCCCAAAAAGAGGCCGGGUGGUGUCACCAACAAGCUGCCGAAGCCACAGCAUCGACCGCCACCGGUGAUGGUGACCAGUGGACCCAUAACCACCAUCAACGAUCAGGUGUUUAAGAUUCACCACAAGAGUAGCAGCACCACCACCACACGGAGACCCAAGACAUCCACAACCAGGCGAAAGAAGCGCAAGAAGAAGAAGCCGAGUCCCGUGAAGGCAAUUAAACGCCGGCCUGGACACAAGCGGAGAAGUAACAGCACCACUGAGCGACCCGCAGGUCCACCACCCAUUAUCCUGGGCACGCGACCGAGCAGCAGCAGCAGCACAACAACCACGACGACAACGAGACCGCCGCCUGGAUCCACACAGCUGGAGAAGCCCCAUAUGCCGCAGGCCACCACAUCGACGGGGAAUAUUUUCAGUCAGCAUGCAUAUGUGAUUAACCAGGGAUAUCAUCCCCAGCAUCCUCAUUCCCAUGCAGCAGUCCAACGGGCAGCCACCAGAUCAUCAUCCACAGUCGUGAGAGGAGGAUCAUCCGGUGCUCGAAGAAGGGGUGGUGGAUCUGGAAGCCCAAGGCCAAGGGGACCCAAGGGCAGCAGUAAAAGCAAAUCCAAGCCAAAGCCGCGAACAACCCCAGAAGUUGGCGGUGAUCGUGCGGCAGGCGGCGCUGGUGUGGCCACUGGAGUGCUGCACCUGCCACACGCUGUCCACCUGCUGCACAGGAAUCACAGUACAGACUCGAAGGAGAAUCAUCAUCCUCAGCCAGAUCAGAUCAAAAUCCAACCAAAGAAAAAGAAAAAAUCCAAGGCAAAGGCAAAGGAAAAGGAGAGGAGACGCGGUCGUCCCGAGGGCUCGAACUUUGAUAUAUUCGAGCUAAUUUCUGGCGGGGAUUACGAUGACGAUACCGAAGAGGAUGAUGCGUACUAUUACGAAGAUGAGAAUGAGAAUGGAGAUGGUGACGAAAAGGAGCCUCAGGCGGGACAAGCUACCAGCAGUAGCAGCCCCGAGGACCCCAAGGAGGACAGCAGCUCGGCGGAGGAGGGAGCCGACUUUGGGGCCAUGGAGGAGUCGGAGACGACGACCCUCUCACCAACGAGCACUGAGCUGCUGGAGGGGGACCAGUUUUCCAGCACAAAGAACAGCAUGGCCAAGAAGCGUAUACGCAUCCGUAGACGACCGCCCGCUUCCUCCUCCGAGGAGGAGGACGACAACGAUGAUGAUUCGGGUGGCAUCGGUGGCUUCUUUCGCAUGAUCUUCUACCCCGUUCAGGUGGCCAUGUCCCGUCUGAUGGACUUGGGCUUUGGCGGUCCAUCAUCGUUCAACGAUGAGGACGAGGAGGAGGUCCACAAGGUGAACCCCACAAAGCCCCCCAAGUAUCCCAGCUACACGCUCUACCAUAGCGCCCACAGCAACGAGGCCUAUGCCCAGCCCGAGGACGACGAGGAUGAGGGCGACGAUGACGACGAUUAUGAUGGCAGCAGCACCCUGGGCAGUUGGUUCAGCUCCUGGUUCGGACCAGGACGACGCACCAAGAAGAUUGGUAGCACCACCACAGUGGUGCCACUGCCGGCGCCCACCCAAGAGCCAGCCGGUUGGCUGGACUCAUGGUUUGGCUUUGGCAAGACGACAACAACAACGCCCACGGAUUCCGACGAAGAUGACUAUGACAAAUGGUUUUCCAGCUGGUUCGAUGCGAAGCCCAAAAGGAAAGUGCGUCGCCGCAGCACAACCUCAACGACCACCACAUCGACGACAACCAGCCAACCGUCUGCUGCCGCUCAGGUGCCCAUACUGACAAUUGUGGAUCCGUUGAGGAAUCCCCAGAACUGGAUUGGGAUACUCGCCCAUCACAUUGUCAACUCCACGGGCAACGCGAUGACGACCAGGAUGACGACCAAAGGGACCACCACCGUCAAGCCGGAUAUACCGCGCAGGAUAAGCUAUGACAAGUAUCAGAUCUGGCGACUCAAGCCGCAGGAUGAGGCACAGGUGCGAGCACUGGAGGAGUUCAAGAAGGGCGAGGACGGUGUCAAGAUGCACUGGCUCAAGGGCCCCAGUCUCAGAGGUCUCACCGAUGUCCUAGUGCCGCCCAAGAUGCUGGUCGAUUUCCAGGGAACUCUCAACUACGAGAGCAUUGCCCAUGAAGUUCUCAUCUUCGAUGUGGGCAUGGCCAUUGCCUACGAGCAGUCGAAGGAGGACUAUCUGCACACCACACCCGUCUCACUGCAGCGUCCGUCCAGGCCCAAGCCCAAGCCCACGGGCGUCGCAAAGCCUGGAAUGACCUGGAAUCGCUAUCACACUCACGACGAGAUUGUGCAGUACCUUGAAACGAUGCGUAUGAGGCAUCCACAGCUCGUCGAGCUCAUCCACAUUGGACGCUCCUACGAGGGCCGUCCCCUGAUCGUUGUCAAGAUCGAGUCCAAGCAAUCUGCUUCAGCAGCCAAUGCCUCGGCCUCGGGCUACAAGAGACCCAAGCGUAAGAGGAAAUCUGGUCAGGCGAAUGCCGUCUUUGUGGAGGCUGGAGCCCAUGGUCUGGCAUGGAUUGGACCCGCGACGGCCACCUGGAUGAUCUCUGAGCUGCUGCGACUGAUGAAAACCAACAAGAGCAACGAAGAACUAGAGCUCAUACGGAACACCACCUGGUACAUAAUGCCCGUCCUGAAUCCCGAUGGAUAUGCGUACAGUCACGAGUACGAUCGGUUCUGGAAGAAAUCACGCUCCCAGCAUAUGGCCCGAGCGCCGGGCGGACUCCUCGACUCGGCCAUGACAUGGCUGCAACAGAAACGCGAUCCGGACAAGGUAUGCCACGGCGUCGAUCUUGACCGGAACUGGCUGUACCACUGGGGCAAGCGGGGCAGCUCCAAGGCGCCGUGCAAUGAGUUCUAUGCGGGGCCCGCCCCCUUCUCGGAACCAGAGACGAAGGCCGUCUCCGACUUUCUCAUGGAUCAACGCACACAGAUAAAGCUCUACAUCUCCCUGCAGGCGUAUGGCCAAGUGGUUUCCUAUCCAGUUAAGGCCAAUUCCACAUUCAAUUCGGAGCUCUUGGAUGACUUCCUGGACGUGGCCAUGGUGGGCACCGAUGGCCUGCGAAAGAAGGGCAGCAAGUCGCGCUACAAAGUGGAUGCCUCCAACGAUCUGAUUGAGCAGCGCUCUGGUUGCGCCGACGCCUUUGCCGCCUACGAGAUCGGCAUACCCUUCAGCUAUACGAUCCAGCUGGCGGAUAAUGGGGUCCAUGGCUACCUGCUGCCCAGCAGCGCCAUUGAGCCGACAGCUCGGGAUGCCUUUGAGAUCGUCAGCGGGAUGCUGGACUAUAUUUAA